AUGAAACGAAAGGUCCAUAUAAUUCUGCGCUUCAGCAAACAAGUCAAUCCUCCUGCUGCUACUUCUACCUCUGGCUCAUCUGAGUUCUCUUCGUCCGAGAACUCCACACCUCCAGCUACAUCGUUUACGUCCUUGACACAGUCUCCCGAUUCACCUAAGGCUGGGUCUAUGGCGCGACUAUCUUCCGAUAACGAAGGCGUAGAAGCGCGAAGCGACAAACGCAAGAGAAAAGUUCAAAAUAAGUACAAAAAUUCCCAAGAACCCGAUACAGCUUCUCUACCGACACCACCCUCACCCUCAGCGGAUGCAGCCGCUUUCGUUCCUCAAACGUCGCAAUUGAUCGGGAAGCGAAAACGUUCCAUUCCCAAGAGCAUCGGUGGUGGAAAAGGGGAUCUGCAACCUCCACCCAAGAAAGCCCGGAGGUUUACAGCUUCAAAGCAACAACCUAUCCAUAUCCGCACAACAACGGCAACUACAACAACAAAUAACCUAAAUGAAAAUGAUAAAAAAGAAGGCGACAAAAGAGUAACUCGUAGUCAAGACACCCAGCAAAAGAGCGAAUUGGCAGAGUGGUUCGAAGACCGAGAGGAUGAGGAUGAUUUUGUUGUUGAUAUUGAUCAUCCUAUGAGAAUUGUGGAGAACGAUGCUACUCCUAGAAACGCACAAAGCGCCAUCACAAACAGAAUUAAUGGCACCACUGCCAACGGAAAUGCUGAUUUAAACGACAUUGAGGCAACUCGAUCCCCAGAAACUGUCAAUAUCGGAAUAGUAGACUCUUUGGCCGAGCCACAGCAAUCUAUCCACCCAACGCGCCAAGUAGUUAUCGAGACUAUUAACCUCGAAGAAGAAGCCCGCGCCAGUAGUUCUCGGCUUACUAGGUUUAAUGCAGAUCCGUUAUCAGAAGACAUCUAUAUCAGACCACACACCUCCAUGGGAAGGGAGGAAAAGCGCCUACGCAAUGUUGAGCGUGAUAGGGCAGCCCAUGAUAAGCAAAGAUACGAAGAUAGGUUGGAAAGAUUACGAGGACCUGACUGGAUAAAGACAUUUAACCUUAGCACAAUUGCCCAGAAACUCGGACUAGUCGAGAUGGAGAAGAGAAAAGCCGGAGUAAUUAGAUGGCAUGAGUCGUUAUUGAGAAAAUUCAAAGCAUGGAAGGAGGAAGAGAGAAGAAAAAAGCUUGCUGCCGCUGGAAGAACAAGCAGAAGUUUAACAAACAGUCCAGAACGAGAUCUGGAUGAGUCUGGAGGCCCUAACGGGCGGGCUUUCUACGAAAAUGAAGACGAAGGCGAAGGAGAUAAGGAGGAUGGAAAGGCAGAAAAGGAUAUAUAUGCUAUUACAGACGAUUCCGACGACGGCGAUCAUCUUCAUCGCUCAAAGCAACACCGUCACACAUCGAAAUCAUCCAAGUCCUCUCAUCGACUCACCGCCGCCGAGAGUCCAAAGAAGAAACAACCAAUACACAAGCCAUUCAUCUCGUUCUAUAAUAACCCGCACAUGCGUCAAGCUGUACUCAACACUUCUAGAAAAAGUUCACGAAAUCUGAAGCCUUUCGGGGUAUCCCUCCCGGAGCUCGAAAUCAAAGAUUUUGAGCUUCCCGAAGAAUUCCACCAAAAAACAGCGAGGCAUCUCAGGGCCCGCAGGAGGAUUUCUAAGUAA